GCAGCAGCUGAGUACGGUCCCACUAUUCCGCAGGAUUCAACCGAAUCACAAACAAAACGCGCAAUUGCCUUUGAUCGCAGAUAAAGCGCGUAUUUUUCCUGCCCAGCGAUGACGGAAGUGCCGCCCAAGAAGCGCAACGCCUGCGUCAUCGUGCUGGGCGACAUUGGACGCAGUCCGCGCAUGCAGUACCAUGCCCAGAGUCUUCUGGAGGAGAACUACCACGUGGACAUGAUUGGGUAUCUGGAGACGAGGCCGCUGGAGGAACUGACCCAACAUCCGCGUUGCCGAAUCCACGAGCUAACUGCCGUCCCAGUGACGAACCUAACGCCCAAACUGCGCCUGCUCUUCAAGGUCUUUUGGCAGACACUCAGUCUGCUGAUGGCUCUCAUUUCCAUUGGCCGUCCCAGCUUCCUACUCGUCCAGAAUCCGCCCGGCAUUCCCACGCUGAUUGUGUGCUAUCUGUACUGUGCGGUCACACGGACCAAGCUGGCCAUCGAUUGGCACAACUACACGUACACAGUGCUGGCAUUGGGAAUGUCGAAGGGAGAGCAGAGUCCUCUAAUUCGAUUGGUUAGGCGACUGGAGCGAUACUUCGGCUCCAAGGCACACACCCACUUCUGUGUGACGCGGGCCAUGCAGGAGGAUCUGCAGCAAAACUGGGGCAUUGGGCCUGUCAAAGUUCUGUAUGAUCGUGCGCCCGCGCAAUUCCAUCCCAUCGACUUGACUCACAAGCACGAGCUGUACCUGAAGCUGGCCAAAGACUAUCCACAGUUCCAGGCCAAGGACGCCGAACAAUUCGAUGUUCUGGAGGCCACCGCUCUUACCCUGAAGCUGGCCAGCGGUAUUGUGCAGUACAGACCUCAGCGACAAGCCGUGCUAGUUUCCAGCACCAGUUGGACGCCGGACGAGGACUUCGGUAUACUCCUUAAGGCUUUGCAAGCUUACGAGGAGACUGCGCAAGCGGAGCCGUUGAUUUAUCCUUCCCUGCUGUGCAUCAUCACCGGAAAGGGGCCACAAAAGGAGCACUAUGUGGCGGAGAUCGAGAAGCUGCAAUGGCAGAAGGUGUCGGUAAUCACGCCCUGGCUGGAGAUCGAGGACUACCCCACUGUUCUGGCCAGCGCCGACCUGGGCGUGUGCCUGCACUGGAGCACCAGUGGGCUGGACCUGCCCAUGAAGGUGGUCGACAUGUUCGGCAGCGGGCUGCCUGUCUGCGCUUACGAUUUCAAGUGCCUUGAUGAGCUGGUGAAGCACGGCGAGAAUGGCUUCGUGUUUGGCGACCAUGUUCAGCUGGCCGAGCAGCUGAGGAUAUGGUUCGAGAAUUUUCCAAAGAAUCCCAGCAUCCAGGAGACUAGAGCUAGUUUUCAGCGCAAAAUCCAUGAGUUCCAGGAGCUGCGAUGGCGGGAGAGUUGGCUCCAGAUCGCGGCACCCGUACUGGAGGCAUUUCUGUAGAGCAUUUUGACAAAGAUUUGACAAUUACACGUUAUGAGAGACUUUCUUUGAUUGCUAAUCGCUUUUCCUAGGUUAGUUACUAUAAAUUCUUUACACAAAAGGGCUUAAAACUUGCUUAUGCAGAUUA